CCUUGCACUUUUUAUAAUGCAGUUAGGGAAUUAUUAGAUUCUAGUAAUAUUAUUAUAUCCGUCUGAUCAAACAUCAGUAGUGAACCCCCACUAAUCCAACGGUCAUCAUUAAACAUUAUGUGCCAAAUCCCUAACCUACCCCAUUCCCACAACCAUCGCUUUUACUAAUUGAAAAUUUAAAAAUCAAAUAAAAUCUCAGUUAUCUUUCAAACAGUGAAAACGAAGCCGUUUUAGAAUAAUCAAUAAUAAUAUCUCUUAUAUCACUCCGUCUCUGUCGGCCAGCGAACACUCACUCACUUCACUCUUUCACUUUGUCUCUCCUGUUUUUCAAAUGGCGACACUUCUCUCCAGUUUUCUUCCUUUACUGUUCCUUCUGUUCAUUUUCUUUAAUUUUCCAUGUUCGUUUUCCGCUGAUCAGACGGUUAAGACCUUCAUCAUCCGUGUAGACUCUCAAUCAAAGCCGUCCGUUUUCCCCACUCAUUAUCACUGGUACACUUCCGAGUUCGCCGAACCAACUGGAAUCCUCCAUAUUUACGACACGGUUUUUCAUGGCUUUUCGGCGUCUUUAACUGAAAUCCACGCCGCUUCCCUCAGUAACCACCCUUCAGUACUUGCUGUUUUUGAAGACCGCCGCCGCGAACUUCACACAACUCGCUCCCCUCAGUUCCUCGGACUCCGAAACCAACAUGGACUUUGGUCGGACUCCGAUUACGGAUCCGAUGUCAUAAUAGGAGUAUUCGACACUGGAGUUUGGCCCGAACGACGUAGCUUCUCGGACACGAAUCUUGGACCCGUUCCGGCUCGGUGGAAAGGAGUUUGCCAAACCGGAGCCAAAUUUGUUGCUAAAAACUGUAACCGCAAAUUAAUCGGAGCGAGAUUCUUCUCUAAAGGUCACGAAGCAGCUGCAGGGCUGGGUGGUCCGAUCGCCGGAAUCAAUGAAACGAUCGAAUUCAUGUCCCCGAGAGAUGCUGACGGUCACGGCACCCACACGGCCUCAACCGCUGCUGGAAGACACUCAUAUCGGGCCAGCAUGGAAGGUUACGCCGCUGGAAUCGCGAAAGGAGUUGCGCCGAAAGCAAGACUGGCAGUUUACAAAGUUUGUUGGAAGGAUUCAGGUUGUUUCGAUUCCGACAUUUUAGCGGCUUUCGAUGCCGCCGUUAAUGAUGGCGUUGAUGUCAUUUCAAUUUCGAUUGGCGGCGGAGACGGAAUCUCUUCUCCUUAUUAUCUCGACCCAAUCGCGAUCGGAGCAUACGGUGCGGUUUCGCGAGGGGUAUUUGUGUCAUCUUCCGCUGGAAACGAUGGGCCUAAUUUAAUGUCGGUUACCAAUCUUGCUCCUUGGUUGGUUACCGUUGGAGCGGGAACAAUCGACAGGAAUUUCCCUGCUGACGUCAUCCUCAGUGAUGGGAGGAGGUUAAACGGUGUGUCGUUGUACUCAGGCGAGCAGUUAAAAGGAAAGAUGUAUUCGUUGGUUUAUCCUGGAAAAUCAGGGGGACUCUCGGCUUCUUUAUGCAUGGAGAAUUCGCUUGACCCUAAUGUUGUUAAGGGAAAAAUAGUAAUUUGUGAUCGCGGGAGUAGUCCCAGAGUGGCUAAAGGUUUGGUUGUGAAGAAAGCUGGAGGAGUCGGCAUGAUUCUUGCUAAUGGUGCUUCAAAUGGUGAAGGAUUGGUGGGUGAUGCUCAUCUUUUGCCCGCUUGUGCUCUUGGGUCAGACGAAGGGGAUGCUAUCAAAUCAUAUAUUUCAUCAUCAGCGAAUCCAACGGCUACCAUUGAUGUUAAGGGUACUGUCAUUGGUAUCAAGCCUGCGCCUGUUGUGGCUUCCUUUUCUGGGAGAGGACCCAAUGGGUUGAACCCUGAAAUUCUUAAGCCGGAUUUGAUUGCUCCUGGGGUUAACAUUUUGGCUGCUUGGACUGAUGCUGUUGGUCCAACUGGGUUAGAUUCUGAUCAACGGAAAACAGAGUUCAAUAUUCUAUCAGGAACCUCGAUGGCUUGCCCUCAUGUUAGUGGUGCAGCGGCUUUGCUUAAAUCUGCACACCCUGAUUGGAGUCCAGCGGCAAUUCGAUCCGCUAUGAUGACUACCGCAAGUAUAACUGAUAAUAAGAAUCAGCCUAUGAUUGAUGAAGCAACUGGGAAGCAGUCGACUCCUUAUGAUUUUGGUGCUGGGCAUCUAAAUCUAGAUCGUGCAAUGGAUCCGGGACUUAUUUAUGAUAUUACUAACAAUGAUUAUGAAAACUUCUUGUGUGCUAUUGGUUAUAGUCCAAAGUUAGUACAAGUUGUUACGAGAUCUCCGGCAGUUUGUCCAACGAAGAAGCCUUUGCCUGAGAAUCUUAACUACCCUUCAAUUGCUGCAUUGUUUUCAACCACAUCAAGGGGUCCGACGAGCAAGACGUUUAUUAGGACCGUGACUAAUGCGGGUCAAGCAAAUGCAGUUUACGUCGCCAAGAUAGAGGCACCAAAAGGGGUGACUGUGACAGUGAAGCCGGUGAAGUUAGUGUUCACACCAGCGGUUAAGAAGAGGAGCUUUUCGGUGACCAUAACAGCAGAUAGCAAGCACCUGGUGCUGGAUGAUGCUGGAGCUGUUUUCGGGUCACUGUCUUGGACAGAUGGGACUAAGCAUGUGGUGAGGAGCCCCAUUGUAGUUACUCAACUCGAUCCCUUGUAAACUAGUGACCUUUGGGAUUCGAUCAAUGUAGGUUUUGAUCGAUGAAUUGGGUCACUUUGGUAGGUGGUGGUUAAAAUAUUGAAUCAGGGGAGACAGUAUAGAGUUAAGUGUAGAAGUUGCUACGCAUAAUGAAGGCGAAGCACCACGUUCCUUUUUGUGUGUUUUUUUUCGGGUAGGAUUAGGAGAGCCUUUCAAAAACUGGUUUUGAGGGUGGUUUAGUGUGAGUUUUUUCCUUUAAUUUUACUUUAUUAUUAUCUCCAUAAUCUUGUGUAUUUAUAAACUUGAGAAGUUUAUAUAUACAGAACAGUGCUAAGAAAAUUAUCAGACAAAAAAAUCUCUAUCACUGUGGAGCAAACCGUAUUUUAAUUCAAGGGUCAAAAUUGUUUAUAAUUGACUUAUCAUUUACCACCCAUUGUCCCAUCAAAACCAAGGGGAUUGGGGGGAUGAAGUUAACAGGACUGCUUAAUCUUGUAAAUAAAUGUUGAGGCGAUCAUUGUGGGGUCAAUAAGGUGACUCAGGUCACUGGCAAGAAAGUCAAGAAAUGCGAUUGCUGAAAAUUUCAAGCAGAACAGCCCAUGCUAUGAUCUUUCAGUCAACUGAUGGAUCGUCAUUCCCGCAGCAAAUAUGGCUUUGUCAAGUUGUUGGUUUUUGGUUAUUGAUUCACUCGAUAUCUAGUAAUAAAUUGCGGAUUGAAUGCCCGGCCCUGCUGUGCUGACUAUUCUUGUUUUGGCUCUAGCUCUAAAGCUAUGAACUUGUAGUCGUUGAAAAGGUUGUCACUAUUGCUUUACCAAGCAAUGAGUCAGUUCAUUUAUAAAACCAUAUGAUUAUAUAAACUCGUUUGUCUUCGAAAAUCUAGCUGUCAAUCAUUUUAUUUACUCCGCUGAUUAAGGAGGCAAAGCUUUCCCACCUCAACAUAGAAUUAUAAAUGUUUUACAUUUCAGUAAAGAAUUGUAUGUGCGCUUUUUUUUU